AUGGCACCCUCUGUUAUCGCUUUGGAGCAAGAAGCUCCAUCACUCCCUCGAGAACCUCAAACAGAUAUCAAGAUGUCUCAAAUCAAUCUGACGACAAAAGAAUUGGGACAAAAACCCGUUCUGGAUCCAAGCUACAACCUGUUGGAACAGCCAAUUGGUACACGUCGUCCGAUCAGGGUUAUAUCUCUUGGUGCUGGUUAUUCCGGCCUGAUGAUGGGAAUCAUGUACAACGAACGCAUGAAACACCAGAAUACAGAGUUUGUGAUCUACGAGCGAAAUGAGGAUUUGGGUGGAACCUGGUUUGAGAAUAGGUCAAUUGAGAAUUCCUUGAGUGAGGAUUAUAAUUUUUGUCCAAAUGCAGCAUGGCCAAAUUAUUAUGCAACGUCGGAACAGAUUCAUGCAUAUUUGAAAGAUGUUGCUGCGAAAUAUGAGGUUGAGCAAUACAUACGCUAUAAGCACUCUAUCGUAGGCGCUACGUGGAAAGAAGAAAAGGGAAAGUGGGAAAUUCAAGUCGAGAGACCAGAUAAAUCUGUUUUCACCGAUGAAUGUGACGUUUUUGUUAAUGCGAGCGGCGUUCUGAAUAAUUGGCAAUGGCCGACUAUCGACGGACUGGACAAAUUCCAAGGUACACUCAUGCAUUCGGCACGCUGGGAUGAUUCAUACGACUUUACCGGAAAGAAAGUCGCUUGUAUUGGUAUUGGAUCAUCUGCUAUUCAAAUUGUGCCCAAUCUCGCGAAAGUGGUAGGAAAUAUGGAUUGCUAUGUCCGCAGUCAAACCUGGAUCAGUCCUGCACCUGGUAUCAACGAACCAACCGAGAACGAUCCAGAAAUGGAUGAAGAAUAUAAUUUCUCGGAGAAAACUUUGGAGCUAUUCAAAGACCCCGAAUACUUACGAGCUUAUCGUUCCGCGCUCAUGGACAGACGACUCGAAAAUUAUAGUCGAUCGCUUAUCGACUCCGAAGGUCAAAAGCAAGCACAAGAAAUCUUCCGCGAGUCCAUGACCAAGCGUCUGGGAAAUAGUGAGAAGGGUAAAAAAGCUGCUGAGCUUCUACUUCCUACUUUCCCUAUCGGAUGUCGUCGUAUCACACCUGGCCCCGGCUUCCUGGAGGCAAUUGUUCAACCUAAUAUUGAAAUGCGGUGGGACGACAUCGACUGCAUUACUGAACGAGGAAUCAAGACUAAGUCCGGUGAAGAAUUGGACUAUGAUAUUAUUGUCUGUGCCACUGGGUUUGAUACUACAUUCAAGCCAGCUUUUCCACUUAUUGGCCGAAAUGGUGUCAAUAUGGCAGACAAAUGGGCUACCGAUCAGCCCAAGGCAUAUUUCAGCAUGUGUGUGCCCGAUUUUCCGAACUAUUUCUGCUUCGUUGGUCCGAAUGCACCUCUAGCGAACGGAUCUCUCAUUCUCUACAUCCAAGCGGUAGCAGUAUACAUCUACAAAUGGCUCGAAAAGCUACAAACAGAAGGUAUCCGUAGCUUCGAAGUUCGAGACGACGUGAAUGAAGAAUAUAAUCAACACGUCGCCAAAUAUCUUGAGCGCACAGUCUGGAGCGGUGGAUGCAGAAGUUGGUACAAGCGUGGCACUGUUGACGGCCCAGUCAUUGCGAUUUACUGUGGCAGUAUCAUUCAUAUGCUUGAGGCUUUAAAGAACCCCAGGUGGGAGGAUUUCCAUAUGGGUAAGACGCCAGAAGCAAUGGUGAAUAGGUUUGCCUAUUUAGGUAAUGGGUUUUCGUCACGGGAGGCGAAGAAGGGGUCUGUUGGGGCUACGCAGACCGUGGACUUUGAUCACUUUUGGAAUUUCAUAAUGUCCUUAGCAACGCACACAACACCACCCUCACGCUCAUUAGCAGGCAAAGUCGCCAUCGUCACGGGUGCAGGUUGCGCUGGAGACGGGAUCGGCAACGGACGAGCCAUUUCAAUCCUGCUCGCACAUGAUGGUUGUAAUGUCGUAUGCGUCGACCAAAACUCCGAAUGGGCACAAAGAACAGUGGAAAUGAUCAACUCCGAGCCUGGCUAUGGAAAAGCAAUAAUUGCACAAGCAGAUGUCACCUCUGCCUCUGACUGUGAGGCAGUUGUGAACAAGGCACUAGAUACAUUCGGUCGGGUAGAUAUACUCGUCAAUAAUGUUGGAGUCGGCGGUGCGCCCGGUACAGCCGUGGAAGUCGACAUGGAAAAUUGGGCAAAAGGAUUGGAAAUUAACGUUUCGAGUAUGGUCUUGAUGGUGAAAUAUGCUGUUCCGGCAAUGACAAGAAAUGAAGGGGAAGUCCGAGGGUCGAUUGUGAAUAUGGGUAGUGUUGCUGGGUUGAAGGGCGGGACACCUCAUUUGCUUUAUCCGACGAGCAAGGGGGCGAUUGUGAAUAUGACGAGAGCGAUGGCUGCUCAUCAUGCGGAGGAUGGGAUUCGGGUGAAUUGUGUCUGUCCGGGUAUGCUGUAUACUCCAAUGAUGUACGCAGGAGGAAUGUCAGAUGAAGCUCGAGAAGCAAGGAAAAAAAGAAGCUUGCUAGGUACAGAGGGAACAGGAUGGGAUGCUGCGUGCGCAGUUGUAUUUCUUGCAGGACCACAUGCGCGCUGGAUAACUGGCGCGAUUCUACCAGUAGAUGCAGGUGCAACUGCUGCUGUUGGAAUAGGUUUACCGAAGAGUGCCAGUGUCAAUGGAUCCAAAGCGGACGAAAGGUCAUAA